AUAAGAGAAAGCAGUAGGAAGUCCCGAAGUAAUGCCCUCUUGGUGCAGGCCACCUGUCUUUUUGUAUCUGCAUAUGGUUUGUAUGUCUGUAACAGAGAUACAACAUCUUUGAGGAUAUUCGUGGCGCUGGAGAUGAGUUUCUAUUUCCGGGUGAACACGGUGACCUUGGAUGGUUUUUGUACACCAUGGCGGCGCUUGUCAGGAUAAGUUCUGUCUGUCACAGAGGUGUUAAACCUCUGUUACUCAGAAAUUCUCUCCUUGUUCGACCUCUGGCGGCUCAUAAACAGAGCAGCGAUCGCUCCUCCCUGUUGGCAGCACGGAUACAUGUCUCUCCUCCUCAAUAUGCAGCUGGGUCCAAGGCUGCGUCUCUGCACUGGACAGGGGAGCGUGUUUUGAGCAUAUUCCUCCUGAGUUUGGGCCCAGUCGCCUACUUGUACCCCGGCCCUGUUGUGGACUACUCUCUGGCAGCUGCUCUCACUCUCCAUGGCCACUGGGGCAUUGGCCAGGUGUUAACGGACUAUGUUCAUGGAGACCUGAAGAUCAAGGUGGCGAACACAAGCCUCCUCUGCUUGUCAGCGGUCACCUUUGCCGGUCUGUGCUACUUCAACUACAACGACGUGGGCAUCUGCAAGGCGGUCGCCAUGCUGUGGAGCUUGUAAAGGACGGACUGACAGAGUAGGCAGGAGCAAGGACACGCGCCAUCCCGUUCCGGCCCAUUGUAAACAUUCAAAGAAUUAUGUGUAAAUUCUAUAAAUACAUGCGUUUUGUUGGGGAUGUGGCAAAAAAGGUGAUCUACAACUGUUUUUAAUUGUAAUUCAUGUUGAUUCAGCAUUUUUGAUUUAUUUUCCCUUCAAAUUUUUUCUUUUCAACUUUAAGUUAUGAAGGUUCACAGCAGGAGUUCCAGGUCCUUUUCUGCCGUGCCGCUGUUGUCUUACAGCUGAUCUGUGACGUUUGCUUUGGGAAGAUAGGAAGACCCCCAUACCUGGACUGUAACACACAUUCUCACCAUUACAUAUGAAGAAGUAAUCAUUCAGCUCUUCCAUGUCUGUAAAACAUGUUCAGUAAUAUUCAAUACAGGCUCCAUCCUCCCAGAACCCUUCGUAAACAGUUGUCAUACAUGUCAUUUAAUAACCAGCUUGCUGCUGAAUGCGAUAAAAAAAAAAAAAAACCCAAUGGGAUGAACCCCUUCAGCGUUUCCUCGAAAUUGGAGUGUCCAGAGGCCUCUCCGCAUCCAUUCCCGUUGGGCAUCUUCCCCCCCUUAAUUUAUUUUUCAGAGGCUUUCUGCAUGUUUUGUGCAAGCGGUUUCUAUAAGCUGUAUAUAAUUUGAACCACUGGUGUGUAUGUCCGGUCGUCACCUGACGUUGAUGUGCCACAAAGACUCUGCACCAGAGAUCCGCUGUUUGUGUGCUUCGACUGACUGGAGCUGACGGGAGAUGGGCAGUGUUGGCAGUAUUUGACUAUUGCACUGUUAUCCCUUUGUGUGCUCGUUGUCUUACUGCUAAAUAAAUAUACGCUGUAUUUUGCAUUUAAGAGGAGCUGUGGUGUGUCAGUGACCUAUGGCAAUGCAUGCAUUCACAAAUAAGCUGCUCUUCACAAUCAUUUAUUGUAGCCUGAAGCUUUAGCCAACAUUAGCAAUAAUAAGUAUAUAUAUUAUGUAUUUUAUUGUAACAUUAAUUCAGCAUCUUCUCACUGGCCAGUGUACUGAAUACAUCAUUGCUACACUCUAAUAUUUGUUCUGUCCCCAUUCUCAGGGCUUGGGGCUGGUCACUGCUCCACAAAACACUAGCAUGGGGGGUUUCAGCAACGGAUAGCCUUAUCGCACAUUCCUAGGUCAAGGCUACGCGCAAAUAUGUGAGCAUUUUUUUGCAGAAUAAUUUCUUAAAGAUCGCAGUUUCUCCUUUUGGGUCUUCACUGUGAACAUUUGCUCAUGAAAAAUGUGUAUGAAAAAUCUCGACUUGUUCUUCGUCCUGUUGUGUGUCAUUUUGUGAUGAGUUUGAUCGUCCGUGUUUGAGGUUGUGUGUUUUUGUGUACUGCUCUUUGGGAUGGUUUUAGAAAUGAGCCAUGGAACUGGAGAAAUGGAAAACCUUUUCAUCUCCUAAUUUCAGUGCUCCGUUCUGAAACUAAACCAACAAGCAUUGAAACCGUUACACCAGUCAAUGUAUUUAUUCUAUUUUAUCAAAUUUGUACACACAGCUUCUCAUGGGAAAAAUCAUCACACUGUACAUGUAGUGGAGUCCUCUUCAGAAUAAAGAUGUUCAUAUUCA